GGUGGCCCUAUUGUCGCUGACGGGCCAAUCGGGUGAAGGAGAGUGUGCGCGUGUGCUUGGGCGGGUGCUCGGUGAGGCCGCGGUUGGUAGUUGGGUUGGAGAUGGCAACGUAUCCUUACGGCUCGAACUAUCCUGGGUCAUCAGGGCCUGCACCAGGAGCUCCACCGGGCAGCUACUUCUCAAGUCAACACCAGGCUGGAGGUCAAUACGGCCCCCAUUCUGGCCAGUAUGGGGGUCCACCGCCAGGUAGUCCUUAUGGAGGGCCACAACCGAGUGCACCAUAUGGAACAUCAGCAGGUGGGCAAUAUGGAAACCAAGCACCAGGUGCACCAUAUGGAGCUCCACCGCCAGGAGGGCACUUUGGAGCCCCUGCACACGGAGGCCAGUAUGGACCUUCAGCACCAGGAGCCCCAUAUGGAAGUGCAUCUUCAGCAGGAUAUUAUGGAGGGCCAGCACCAGGUGGUCCAUAUGGAGGACACCCAUAUGGAAUUCCACAGCAAAUGCAAUAUGGAUCAGGUGCUUCUUUGGCUGGUGAUGUUCCAGCAGGCAUUGAUCCUGAAGCCUUCUCUUGGUUCCAGUCGGUGGAUGCAGAUCGAAGUGGCUACAUCUCGCUGAAUGAACUCAAGCAGGCCCUUGUCAACAGCAACUGGUCAACGUUUAAUGAUGAUACCUGCCACAUGUUGCUCAAUAUGUUUGACAAAAACAAAAUGGGUAAAAUCGAUCUAUAUGGAUUUUCUGCACUCUGGGGAUUUCUUAAACAGUGGCGCAACAUGUUCCAGCAGUUUGAUCGUGAUCGAUCAGGGACCAUAAACACCCAGGAGCUACAACAAGCUCUCACUCAGAUGGGUUACAACUUAAGCCCACAGUUUGUCCAGUUCCUGACAACUCGGUUUGCACAAAAACCAGCUCGGUCCACCAUACAGCUGGAUAGUUUCAUCCAGAUUUGUACACAGUUGCAGACCACAACUGAUGCCUUCAAAGAGAAAGACACCAACCGUUCUGGAAAUGUCCGCAUUAAUUAUGAGGACUUCCUAACUCUUGCGAUAUCACGCAUGCUAUGAUCUGUUGUGAUAACAGAAAAGAAAAUAAAAUCUGGAUUGAGUCUCCAUUCACAUUGUGGUCAGCUAAAUGGACUAAAAUUAGAACUCUAAUUUAACACAAGAUUAAUGCAAAUGAACGGAGCAAUUUGAAAUGGAUGACAGCAUUAUCACAUCUCUUGUACCGCAGCUUACCGACCAAUGCUAUAUUUCAAUGCACUAUUUAUAGCACUAUUUAGUAAAGUAAUGCAUUCUCAUGUAACAGGAACUUUCAUUGCUUGAAAUCACUUAAAGAAUGUACAUACUUUUCAAGAUUUCCAUAAAUAAAUUGGAAUUAUGUUAGAAUUGAAACCUGCUCCAACUGUACGAGGUGGCUUUGGUGUAAGAGUAGAGCCUGAUACAGCAUAUUCCAAAUCUAUAGCCUAUGGUUUGAAACGGGUGUCAUUCCAUCAAAAUGUGUUUCUAAAGUUUUGUAUAGAGCAGCCUGCCAGAUUAUACUUUUUCCUUUUUUGUUUUUUUUUAGCUAUUUUUAUGUUACUCAAAAUGAAAACAAAAAUCAGUGGCAUUCAGUUCAUGCAUUAUCACAUGGGAAUAAAAAUAGGAAUUGUGAACCUUAAUCACAUUUUGUAGACUUUAUUUGCCUUUUAAAAGAUUGCAUUAGAUUCUGUUUCAACUAUGUUCUGGUCAGAAGAGUCCUGUACAUAAACAGUCAACUUUGAUUUUAAAAAUUAGUGCUGAAUUUGUUAAAACUGCUAAACUGGAUGAGUUGAUAAAAUUUUUUUUGAACUGCAGUGACAUUUCUCCUGUAGCAUCAUAUAAAGAAACACCAACCUAUACUUAGAGUUGGAUAGAGCUCUCAAGGAUAGUGGACUCGAGGGUUAUGGAGAUAAGGCAGGAACAGGAUACUGAUUAAGGAUGAUCAGCCAUGAUCAUAUUGAAUGUGGUGCAGGCUGGAAGGGCAGAAUGGCCUACUCCUGCACCUAUUGUCUACUUGGGGAUGGGGCUAAAACAAUUAGUAACUUCCAGCUGCAUUUAAGCAUGCUAGAAAUAAGGAAAUAUGCUGUAAAUGAAUGAAAUUCAUAUUCACAUGGAAAAUAUUGCUAAGUAAAAUGAUUCAACAAUGUCAACAAUUUAAUAUGGAGCUUGUCAACAUCUACAACAUUAUAAUAACCCACGUGGGAUUGUUAUUAGCCACAGUUAUUUGUUACCUUUAGGUGUACAUUAACCAUCUCCUCCUAACAUAUUUGUACACUAUUUUAAUCCAGUGCUUUGGAAUAUUGGAUUUGUUUGUGCUUC